AUGAGCGACAUCAUCCAGGUCCUUCCGAACAUCGACACCGAGCCGUUCGAAAAAGUGCUGGAACGCCUGGAAAAGGCAAACAUAAGCAGCAAUGACUUGAUGACCCUUGGCGCCGUCGAUGUCGCCCGCCGCGCCGACGUAUCUAUUGAUCAAGUACGCGAGCUCACUGCAUCUUUGACCACCAAGCUCCAUGCUCAGCUCGGCUUCGAAACGCUCGAGAAUGGCUACGACGAGGAGAAAGAUGGCUCUGCCAAAGCAGCGAAGGAAGACGCGACAUGGUCACACAUAAGCACUUUGGACGACGACCUUGACGCAGCGCUUGGAGGAGGCUUCCCUGCUGGCCAAGUUUGCGAAAUCACUGGAGAAAGUGCGGCAGGCAAGACCCAGCUACUCUUGACCUUGCUCCUUGCUGUACAACUAGCUCCACCCAAGGGGCUAGGCAAGAGUGCACUGUACUUAUCCACCGAAGCACCACUGUCGACCACCCGCCUGAACCAGAUUGUGACAAGACACCCAUACCUGUCCUCUCUGUCCGACUCGGAAAAGCCUUCUCUCUCCCGCGUGCAGAGUACCCAACUCCAAGACCUCGAGUCACAGGACCAUGUCCUCCGCUAUCAAGUGCCUGUACAUAUCGCCCGAGCCAAUGUCGGCCUCAUCAUUGUCGACUCGGUAGCAGCCAACUUCCGCGCAGAGUUUGACCGUGCUGGCGCCAACUCAUCCGAUGCUCUGGCUCGCCGUAGUUUACAGUUGACCCAACUUGGCGCUCAUCUUCGCGACCUCGCUCGUUCGCAUAAUGUCGCAAUCGUUGUUGCCAACCAAGUCCUCGAUCGCUUCGGUCCCGUCGCCUCUCUUCUCGAUGCUACCGCAACGCCUCUGUCACAGAACUCGGUCGCCACGCAACUCUCGAGUANNACAACAACAAUAACAAUACUUCCGCCCCUCCGCCACCUUCACAACAACCCCAGCNUAGCACUCUCCACAAACGACCCUUUGUCUUUGGACCACCAACAACGUUUCUUCACAGGGUGGGGUGACCACCGUUCCAUACGGGACCUCAAAACCCCUUCGUUGGGCUUGACCUGGACAAACCAAUUGUCAGCUCGUAUUGUGCUGCUCAAGCAACCAAUACUCAAGCCUCAAGACUAUCUGCUGGGACCAGGCAUGGACAUUGUUGGCUGGAGGCGCCACCUCAAGGUCGCUUUUUCGGCUUGGUCGCGUGAUGACAACGGCACGGAUGGUGUCGAGUUUGAGGUUUGCGAGGAAGGUAUCAGGUCGAAGAAACCAGAAGAUAGCACAGGCACGUCCGAUGAAACAUGA